AUGGACCGCGAAGCCAAGCGCAAGGCAGCGAGCAAUGCGACGCUGGACCACGAGGGUCGCGCAGCCAAACGCCAGAAGUUGCCGGGCGACGCUGACCCCGUCAUCGAGACGGUCGAGACGACGACGACCGUCGGCCUGAAGUUCGUCGACUCGCUGAAGGCCGCAAAGGACAAGACAGGUCGCCCGAUUGCUACCCAUUUCCUUACUCUUCCAGACAAGAAUGUGCUCCCCGUCUACUACGAAGAGAUCCUCCUCCCUGUCGCAAUUGACACCAUUGAAAACAAGCUCAAAGCCGGACAAUACUCCUCCCUCGCUCAGGUCGAAGGCGACCUCAAACGGCUGGUCCACAACGCCAAGACCUUCAAUGACAGGAAAUCUCUCAUCUACGACGAUGCGGAGCGAGUUCGAAAGACGGCAUCGAACUUCAUGGUCAAGCAUAACCCUGCCUACCGGGACCCUGGAUACAUUGCUGUUCCGACGCCGAUACCAGAGCAUUUGGUGAAAGAGAAAGAGAAGGAGAAUGGAGUCACCGGGUCGGCCGUCAAGCCAGCGGCCGGAGUGCACGACAGUGCUGAUCGCUCACGACGUGCAGCGCCUGCUCAACACACCCCAGCACCAAAGAACUUGCGCGCAACUAGCCGGUCUGCUGUUACCGAAGUCGACAAUGCCGAUUAUAACAACAAAUCAUUCCAGCAAGCCCAGGAGCAGAUCGUCGAACAACUAAUACAUUAUACCGAGGCCGACCUCCAGAUAUUCCAACCUUUCAUCAACCUGCCGAAUCGGUCCCUGAAGGAUUAUUACCAAACCAUCAAGACCCCAAUGUCGUUGAUGGGCGUCAAGAAGAAGGUGCAAGGGGUUAGAGGCAGAGAGCCAGCUACAGGUUUCACCGAUUUGAAGAGCUGGAAGGCAUUCGAAGAUGAGAUGAGCCUGAUUUGGCGCAAUGCCAAAGCGUAUAAUGAGGAUGGCAGUGACAUAUUCAACCUGGCUGUUGAGUUCGAGGAAAUUUUUAGACAACGUCUCGCAGAAGCGAAGUCGAAAGUGGAAGAGCCGCCUCAGCCAAAGUUGAAGAUCAACAUGUCCGCGCCAAAACAACAGUCCAUCAAAUUGAGGAUAGGAGGCCUCAAAGGAAGUCCCGCCCCUGGUACCCCAACGCCAGAUACACCAGCCGGCCGCAGUUCAGGUACACCGGGCGUCAUCGUCGAUAGCGGCGCGCUAGAGAGGCAGCGAAGCCACGUCCAAGCCAGCAUGAACGGGCAGAGACCGACUUCUUCCGAGACACCGUCCCAGAUUCAAGGACCUCGCAACCCAUUCGGUGGUGGUAGGUCUGGAUCGGGAUCCAUUCCUCCUCUUAGUGGUGAUGCAAGCUAUGGUGCUGCCGCAUCUCCAGGCUUGAACGGUGUCAAGACAGAAACUUACCAUGCUCAAUCCCCUGCUCUCGAUUCGAUUCGCCUCUCGAGUGCAGCUCCCGAGGUGCAGAACCUACGUCUCGGCGUUCCUGUGCAUACACCGCUGGGCGGCUCAGUGAUGCCACCACCACAACAUAUCACACCACGACCCGCGAGUGGCAGUCCUCUCCCAUACCCACACAUGGGUCAAUCCGUUGGAUACAACCCGCAGAACUACACUACGCAACCACCCCCGGUUUUCGAGAACCACGCACGGGCCGCUGGCAAGGUUGGCUCAGAUGCCCUGCUUCCAUCGAUACAACUAAACACCCACCCGCUUCUCAGCCAGCAUAAGCCGUGGUCCCACUUCAUCCCAGCCUCGCGCGACAGCACACAGCAAUCGCUCACCCUCACCCUCCCCGCCGCGUACCACUAUCUCCAGGUCGUCCCGCACAUUCCCGUCGCUACGACGUCCCGCCUCUACCGCCUCUUCGUCACGGUCAACAAUACCCGCAUGCUGGAAGUCACGCGGCAGGACGGGCAGAAAGAGAAGGGCCGGCCGGUGUUUGAGGCUAAGCUUGUGCAGGGCGUCAAUAGGAUCGAGGUCGAGGCAGUCGCGGAGAAAGAGAAGGAGAAGAAGAGCGAUGGGAAGGGCGAGGUGGAGGGGGAGAAGUGCACGAUUUUUGUGCAUUUGAUGAGACCGUGA